GCUGAAUUGGUAUAGAAGUACAUGAGUAAACCAUUGUAUAUGAUACUGAACAUGGAAUACAUAUAUCCAUUGAACAUUAAGAGCUCUCAUUAAUCAGCCAUGAACUCACACCGACUCAGUAUCAAUACCUAUUAACUUAAACCAGUAACUCACAGCGAUCAAUUACUUGCCACUAUUCUUUUUCAGGUACAUAAGCUCAAACUUACAGUAAUACAACUAUGUACUGGCUGGCAGUAGCGUUCCUUGUGGGUACUCUCCUGCAUACAAACGCGUGUUUGUUUACCAAAUCAGUUACAACUGACAAUCUACACCAUUAGCAUCCAGUAAUACUACAAUUCCAUCACUAACACUAUGGAUGUAUCCAGUCACAGCAUCGGAGCCGCGGAUGAAAGCAUCCAGCUUGAGCCGAGCCGAUUUGCAGCAUUUGUGCACCAGUAUGUGGCGACACUUACGCAGACAGAAGACGAUGUUGAACGAGAAGAACCAGAACCAGUACCAGUACCAGAACCAAAACCAGAUCACGAUCUCAAUCACGAUACAUACAAAGCAUUUGUAAAUAACUAUAAUGAAGAUACAUUGUAUGUGGUGGUGCCGUAUGGAAGUGGAGAUUUCCAUGUGUAUGGAGAACUCAGUAACAAUUCUAAUGCUAAUGAAUGGAAGAGUAGUCAAGCAGUAUUAGUAUUGGCAUUCAUUAAAUCUAAAGGUAGAUUGAUUAAUGGUAUACCGUUAUCUCAUCAACUUAACAUUAUCAAUAUUUCUUCAGAUACUAGUCGUAAUGCUAUGUUUGAUAAAUUGAGAUCAGUAGUCAAUUUAGGGUUAACUCCAUACUUUGAUCUUGUUAUAGGUACUGAAGAUUCCGAUAAAUUUACUAGAACCAAGAGGAAAUUCAAUGAAUUGAGUCUUUCUUUACAAAACAUUCAACGACAAAUACAAAUUCCUGAUCUUACCCAAUCUAUUCAUCCACAAAUCUAUGAAUUAUUGGCUAAUGAUGAUUCAGAAGUUACAGUAGAUAGUGGAUUAUUAAAUGAAUUAACUACUAUAGUUAAUAAUUGGACUAAACAAAUCCAGAUGGUGACUAAUUUGAAUCAUGAACCUAGUGAUGAUGAAUUCAUUGUAGAUGAAAAGGCGUUUUGGGAAUCAAUGGAAUCCGCCCUUAUUUCCAUUGUUAAUCAAAUUUCCAAUACUCCAGCAAUCACUAAAACUAUUGAAAUUUUAAAUAGUAAUAAACGAUUUCAAAUUACAAUUAGUUUCCAAAAGGAUACAGGCAUUAAUGAUAAACUUUCUACUGCCAAAUUAUAUAAUUCUUUACUUAAAGAAUUACCUAUUGAAGAUGUGAUAUCUUCAUCGCAUGAUUUAUCUAAAUUUGAACUGGUAAUAGUCGAUUUAUUCAAUUAUUUAAAGGGUAAAGUUCGGAAUUUAAAUGGAUCCUUUGCAUUACUGCGAUUAAUUGAAUAUAUUGAAUUAAUCCUUAAUGAUAUUACUCAUAAAUUAAUGACUAUUAUUAUAGAAAUUAAUGUAUUAUCUAUAGAAUUAUCGAAAUAUUUAGAUACUUAUACUCAAACCAAUUCAAUAAUAUCAGUUAUAGAUCAUAAUCUAAAGUAUUUGAUUAAUCUUAUAAGAGAACUCUUACGGAAAAGACAAGAUAAAUUCAUGAUGAUUAAACUUGAACUGAUAUCCUAUACAAUGUUUAAAGAAAGAUUUGAAUCCCUCAAGGCAUUCCGAUUAAAUCAUAGUAAUUUAUUGAGUCUCUUACUGGUGAUUCAACCCCACUUACAAACUCAACUUGUUGAUACUUAUUCACGCUACAUAAUCCCCGCCAAACCGUUUGAUUUAUCUAAACAGGGACAAUUGAUCUGGUCGAUUAAUGAAAAGAAUUAUCUUACCAUUUAUCAUGAUUUAUAUACGCAAAUCUCCCUUCAUAUCAAUGCAUAUUUCAGUCAUUGUAUAUGCUUUCAUGAUUUUCUAACGGUUAUAGAUAAGUUUGGCCAUGAGAUUUGUACGUUAAUUAAUGAUGAGUAUAAACUUAAAUUAUUGGGUAUAGUCAAUGAUGAAGUCGAACAAUUAAUGUUAUUGAAUCUUCAUUCCAAAUCAUACUACAUUAGUACAUUCCAAGACUUAUAUAGUAAACGAUCAGUAGUUAGUCCAUCUCCAUUAGUAGGAGAAAUCAUGUGGAAUCUCAGUCUACUAACUAAAUUUCACUUUUAUUUACAUAAGCUCGAAAGGGUAUUGGGCUCCAAUUGGAAUCAGUACUCCUUGGGGACUAAGAUUCAUGCCAAUAUUACCAAUUUAUUAGAGAAAUCCACUAUAAAUUCCCUCAUGGACUUAUGGAUUUCUGGUGCUAGUACAACACUAGACCCCUUCCCCGCGGUCAAUCUGCCGGUCAUUCAGAUGAUUGAAGAAGAUAUUCACAUUAACAUCGACAUGAGAGUGUUGGAGUUAUGUGUGGAUUAUACUUAUCUUUCCCAAACCAAAUCAUCUACUUACUUUAAAAUACCCGUAGACUUACAGAUGACAUUUAAGAAAGUUAUGAAACUCUAUCCAUUUAUGAUCGAUGUAUCUCAAACCAUUACGAGUAUCAAGAGCAUAUUUAAUCAGGACAUUAUUACCCAAUGGGGAUUCAUGCUUGAUCAUCAUAAACAGGCUAUUGGUAUAGCAGUCAAGGACAUGUUGAAAGUGCAAUGGCAUGAUAUUGUACAAGCAUUGGAAUUGAGUUCCAUCGACUACGAGAUUGAUUUUGAUUUUGAUUUCGAUUUCGAUAAUGACAACUUGUCGGAGAUAAGAUCACUUCGAAGUCUUAGCCGAUUCCAAAAUGUGGUUAAGGAGGCAGUAGUAGCCGUGGAAGAACUCAACCAAUUCGUAGAGUUUCUUCAAACUCAAGUGUAUAAUUUGAAGGUAUGUCUGUAUACCAGUAAGGCCAUUGAAGAGAUCUUAGUUGCAGUACAGCAGAAAGUAAAUCAAGUAUCAUUAAACAUUCUGGAACAACAAGUGGAUCGAUUAUGUCAGUUGAUAAAUGAUCAAGUUCAAGGCGUACUUACUGAGAAAUGUCUUGAUCGACUUGAAGAUCCAUUGGUGAGUCAACCUAUCCAUCAUGAUCUUGUAUUUUCCGAUCAACUGUUCACGUUAUCUCCCCUGUUAAGUGUGACCAAAACUCAUAUGUUUGAACUUGUUAAUGAACUCAUUGCCAUUAUUGAAGGACAACCACAGAUAUAUGCUGAUUAUGAAACCAAACAGACAUUUUCCAUCAAUAUCCAACUUCAUCAACCACUUUCAACCACCUAUGGAUUGAUAGAUUCAGUGAUAGAUGAAGCACAGUCAUAUUUAGAGCAAUGGCAUUCACUUCAACGGAUAUGGGAAUUGGAUUUAAAUGUCGAUGAAGAUCUUCAACAGGCCCUUCCAUCUGAUCUUUCAUUCCCGCAAUUAAUCACUCAUUUGGAUACGAUUCUCAGGAUCAGAAGCUUGUUUGAUAACCCUGAUAGUACGGUGAUAUUCCAAAAUCUUAUGGCCAUUAAUAGUAUUGGAGUUCAAUCACGAGUGACCCUCAAAUUUGAUACGUUCCAAGGAGAAUUGAUUAGUAAAUUUGCUUCACGAUACAGUCAAGAGUUUAAUCAAUUUAGUCGAGAAUUGACUGACUCAAUCAAUCGACUUGAAGCUAAACUUAAUGUGGCAGCAGCUGUAGCAGAGUUAAUCACCAAUAUCAACAACUACUUAACCAUCAAGCAGGAUAUGGAUAGAUAUAAUGAUACUUUAACCUCAUUCAAGGCCGGCCAGACCUUCCUUUUCAAGCAUCGGUUUAGGUUUGCCUCUGAUUGGAUAUAUACCGAGCAAUUAGAUAAUGAUAUGGCUAUUAUUCGAUCAUUAUUAACGGCCAAGGAGAAGACAUUAGAAGAUAAUUUCGAUAUAUUGGCCCCUAAGAUUCAAUCAGAAGCAGUUCGAAUCAAUGCAUCAGUAGUAUCAUUAGUAUCAGAUUGGGAAUUAAAGAAACCAAUUGCUGGACAUUUAGUUCCAUCGUUGGCCAUAGUGGAGAUCAAUAACUUUCAACAUUUAUGUGGGAUCUUAGCCAAGAAUUCAGAUGCAGUGGCCAAUAUCUCAAGACUGUUAAAUAUUGCCACCAUCCCUCCACAAUCUCUUGAAUCCAUAUCCCAUGAAAUCACCGAUCUUCGGUCGGUAUGGAUUGCUCUUAAUGCAUUAUGGGAAGAUCUUGAUCAAAUCAAGCUGACGGUAUGGAAACAAAUGGAUGUUGGACAAGUUCAAAGGCAAUUGGAUGAUCUUCUCAAUAAUGCUCGAUCCCUUCCUGGUCGUGUUCGACAAUAUGCAUCAUUUGAUGAGAUUCAUAAUGUCAUUAAACAAUAUUUGAAUACGUUUGUGACCGUCCAAGAGUUACAGAGUAGUAGUAUGAAACCACGUCAUUGGACUAGUUUACUUGGACAAUUGAAUAAGAUUCAACUUGAUCCAGAUAGAUUAACCUUGGGUGAUGUAUGGGGGUUUAACUUGAACUUAAAUAGAGCCAUUGUUAAAGCCGUACUUGAUCAAGCCAGUGAAGAAGAAAUCAUUGAAAGUAAACUUGAGAGUAUUACCAAAGAGUGGAAUGAUAUUCAUUUGGAAUGGUUCCAUUAUGAUAAUAAAGUCAAACUUGUUCGACAUUGGGAUCGAGUGUUUGAACAAGCCAAUAGUGAUAUAAGUUCCUUAGCCAGUAUGAAGAAUUCUGCUUAUUACAGUAGUUUUGAAGCAGAAAUUACCCGAUUAGAAGAUAAAUUAAUUGGACUUUUGGUGGUAUGGGAGAAGUGGAUGGAAGUGCAACGGCAAUGGCUUUAUCUCGAUGGAGUGUUUGGUAAUGAUAAGGCCGAUAUUGCUAGUUUAUUGCCUAUUGAACUGAAUCGAUUUGUUAAUUUCACCUAUGAGUUCUUCAAUGUAUUGAAACGCAUUCAUAAACAUUCAUUAGUAAUGGAUGUAGUGGGACUUAAGGAUAUGGAACUGACCUUCUCCAACUUUCUUCAUAGUCUUACCAAGCUUCGGAAAUCCUUAGCAGACUACCUUGAGAAACAACGAGAACUCUUUCCUCGAUUCUACUUUAUUGGGAAUGAAGAUCUCUUAGAUCUCAUUGGAGGAUCGGCCGAUAUGGCCCGUAUCAAUCGGCAUGUGGCUAAGAUGUUUACUGGAGUUGCUCAACUUAAGGUGGAUGAAGAUAGUUCUUCUGUGGUCGGAGUAUACAGUCCUCAACAUGAGUAUCUUGAAUUGAACCGGCCUGUUUCCGUCAAACUCAAGACCCUUCACGAAUGGCUUUCUGAGUUGGAUACAGAGAUCAAACACUCGCUCGCCCUAUUGGUUAAGGAUGCCAUUACUGAAGUACAGACUGUAUAUGAAGCGGUCAGUACCGAAGCACUUGAACAGCUCAUGGUACGGUAUCCUGCACAAGUAGUGACGGUAGCAGCACAAGUGGUAUUCAGUAAGUAUCUCAGUACUCACAAGUACCAACACCAUCAUACAUUAUUCACCAAUAUCAUUAGUCACUUGACUACUCUCAUGACUAGAGAUUCUACUGCAGAACUCCUCCGUCAUCAGGUGGAGUAUAUCCUCAUAGAACUCCUUCAUCAUCGAGAUAUCUUUAGUCGACUCAUGGCCUGUAAGACACCAGAAGAUGUGCGGUUCAUCACAGGCACUCAACAACUCUUCCAUCAUCAUACUUCAUCAGAUGUAACUAAAUCCAUUACCAUUACUCAAGCAGGAGCAUCAUUUACUUAUGGGUUUGAAUACUUGGGUAUACCAGAAAAGCUUGCGUAUACUCCAUUAGUUGAAAAGUGUUAUUUAACUAUGACUCAAGCUCUUAAUCAGAAAUUAGGUGGGUCACCUUAUGGACCGGCCGGUACAGGUAAGACAGAAUCUAUUAAGGCAUUAGGUCAUAAUUUAGGUAAGAUGGUUAUCGUGUUUUGUUGUGAUGAAACAUUUGAUUUUACUGCCAUGGGAAGACUCCUUUUGGGACUCUGUGGAAUUGGAUGUUGGGGAUGUUUCGAUGAGUUUAAUCGAUUGGAUGAAGGGGUACUUAGUUCUAUUUCAUCUCAAAUCAAGGCCGUUGAAACAGGACUCGGACUGAAUGGACAGUCUGUAUCAAUAUCAGGUAAAUCUAUUACUGUUCAUAGUGAAGUAGGACUCUUUGUUACCAUGAAUCCAGGCUAUGAAGGUCGGUCUGAAUUACCUGAAAACCUUAAGAAACAAUUUAGAACCAUUGCCAUGAAUGAACCUGAUCGAGAAGUCAUUGUAGAAGUGUUACUUACUGCUCAAACAUUUGCCCAUGCAGCAUCGAUUGCUAAAGUUCUAGUACCCUUCUUCUUACAGUUACAACAACUCACGACUGAUCAACAACAUUAUGAUUUUGGAUUAAGAUCCAUCAAGACGGCUCUUGUACGAUGUGGAGCCUUGAAACGGAUUCUUGGACAGAUUAAUAGUUCAGAACAUGAGGAACAUCGAUUAGUUCUUCAGAGUAUCAAUGAGACUAUAGCUCCUAAAUUGGUGGAGCAGGAUAUGCCCAUCUUUCAUGAGUUACAGAAUAAGUACUUUAAGAAUAUUCACUAUGAUGAGUCGGAAUCUAUGGCAUUCUUGACUCGAGUUGAUCAGUACUAUACUAGUCAUGGAUUAGUAUAUGAUAAUAAAUGGAAAGCCAAGACUCUCCAACUCUAUCAAAUCCAACAAGCCCAUCAUGGAAUCAUGUUGGUAGGCCAAUCAGGAUCAGGUAAAUCGGUUACUUGGCGACUGGUCUUGGAUUCAGUAGCUCAGUAUGAACAUAUGGAUUACUUAUCAUAUGUAAUAGAUAGUAAAGUAUUGACUAAAGAUCAGCUCUAUGGAUGGUUAGAUCCAGUAACUCGCGAAUGGACCGAUGGUCUAUUCACACAGAUUCUUCGAAAGAUCAUUGAUAAUCUCAAGGGAGAAUUACUGAAGAUGGUAUGGAUUGUCUUUGAUGGAGACGUUGAUCCGGAAUGGGCCGAGAACCUCAAUAGUGUACUUGAUGAUAAUCGAGUCCUUACUCUUUCUAAUGGUGAACGGUUAGGACUUCCAGCCAAUGUUCGGAUCUUAUUUGAAGUGGAUUCCAUAAGACAUGCCACACUAGCCACCGUCUCUCGAUGUGGGAUAGUCUACUUUGAACCAACUCUUGUAUCGGUAGCUGGCAUAGUUAGUAAGUUCUUAUUUGAUUUAGAGCAUAUAGCCAUUGAUGGAGAUGCCGUGGCGGAUGGAGAUGAGACACUUGUGGUUGAAGUUCAAACGGAAUUUGCUAAUGGCUUGCAUAGUAUACUUAGUCCAGAAUUAGUAUCUAACUUAGUAGAGGCAGCUCAGAAACUCAAUCAUAUUAUGAACUUUACCGUUCAUCGAGCGGUUGAGUCAUUGACGUCGUUGCUCAAGUCAUACUGUCGUCGAUUGGUGAGGUAUACAGAGCAGCAUGAGUCACUUACUUCCCAACAGAAACUGGUCUAUCUCCAUCGAGCAGUAUUGGUUAGUGUCAAUUGGGCAUUGGCUGGAGAUUGCUCUAGUGAUGAUAGACGAGUUCUUUCGGAAGUGACUAAUUCCAUGGCCUGUUUCAAUGACUAUCGACUAACAAAAGGAACUUACUUUGAUGUGGAUAUCCAACUUCCUGAUGGAGAUUGGAUCUUGUGGAACUCUCAAGUAGCAGUGGUUGAUUUAGAACCUCAUCAUGUCAUAAACCCAUCGACCAUUAUUCCUACUGAUGAUACAGUCAAACAUGAGAGUCUCAUCUAUUCCAUCAUCAAUGAACAUCGAUCUCUCUUAUUAUGUGGACCUCCAGGAUCGGGUAAGACCAUGUCAUUACUUGAAGCCUUACGGAAAUCACCACAACUCGAUCUACUUUCCCUUAACUUCUCGAAGGAUAUGACUCCUAAGGCAUUAUUACAAUCAUUAGAACAAGCUUGUACUUAUAGACAAACAUCUACUGGACCUGUCCUUUGUCCUAAACUUACUGGGAAAUGGUUAGUUGUAUUCUGUGAUGAGAUUAACUUACCAGCUAAGGAUAAAUAUGAUACUCAAGCGGUGAUUUCAUUCAUAAGACAACUUAUGGAACAACAGGGAUUCUGGAGAUGUAAUGAUAAUCAAUGGAUUACUCUUGAGAAUAUACAAUUUGUUGGAGCUUGUAACUCUCCACAGGAUCCAGGUCGGAAUGUCUUGAGUGAUCGAUUCUUACGUCAUUCAACUCUACUUAUGGUAGACUAUCCUGGAUCUACUUCAUUGUAUCAGAUCUAUCAUACAUUCACUCGAGCUAUCUUGAAGUUUGCUCCUAAUCUUCGAGGAUAUGCUGGAGCCAUUACUGAAGCCAUGAUUGAAGUGUAUACUCAAUCCAAGAAGACUUUGACAUGUCAACUUCAUAGUCAUUACAUCUACUCACCUCGAGAAUUGACUCGAUGGACAAGAGGAAUGUUAGAGGGACUCAAACAACGACUGUAUGAUGAUGUGAAUGAUUUGGUGUAUCUAUGGUAUCAUGAAGGUUUACGCUUAUUCUACGAUAGAUUGGUAGGGACAUGGGAAAGAUCCUGGACCAUGAAACUCUUUGAAGAGGUCAGUACCAAUCACUUUCCAUCAUUUGAUCAUACUAAUAAUCACCAUACACCUGUGUUGUUCUCUCAUUGGCUCACAGGUAUCUAUGAGCCAGUGGAUGAGCUGGAGUUACGAACCUUUGUGGUGGAUAAGCUUCACAUAUUCAAAGAAGAGGUGUGUGAAGUGGAGUUGGUUCUUCAUCAGGAUCUUCUUGAUCACUGUUUGAGAAUCGACAGAGUUCUUCGUCAACCUCAGGGGCAUAUGAUUCUUGUCGGACCCAGUAGUAGUGGUAAGUCUACAUUGACACGAUUCAUGGCAUGGAUGAAUGGUCUUGAGUAUAUUCUGUUGAAUGUCCAUCGUCAGUAUCUGCUUCAAGACUUUGACAGUACACUUCGUCGGAUCCUCUUGAAGUGUGCGCAAGGAGAUCGAAUCUGUUUCAUGAUUGAUGAAUCCAAUAUCCUUGAGACUGCGUUUGUGGAGAGAAUGAAUACUUUAUUGGCUAAUGCCGAGAUUCCGGGAUUAUACGAAGGUGAAGAGUAUGAUACUUUGAUGAAUGUGUGUGUAGAACAAUCUCAUCAACAAGGAUUACUGUUAGAUUCUAAGGAUGAAUUGUAUAGUUGGUUUGUAAGUCAAAUAUCUCGUAAUCUUCAUGUGGUAUUUAAUGUUAGUGAUACUCUGGAUGGAUUCAGUCCUGCCAUUAUAUCAUCACCGGCUUUAUUCAAUCGAUGUGUAUUGAGUUGGAUGGGAGAUUGGUCUAAUGAGACAUUGAUUACUGUGGGAACUAAGCUUAUAGCCGAAGUGCCUUUGGAUGUAGCCGAGUAUACGGUACCUGUACUGUUUGUUCCAUUUGUCGAUGGACAAGAAUCUACUUUUAGAGAUGUUCUUGUGGAUACUUUAGUAUAUAUGCAUCGACUUCAUUUGGAUUAUCAAGUGUCAGUUCAUAUCCAUCAAUCUCCUCAUGAUUUCAUGGAGAUGGUAAGUCAAUUCAUUCGAUUAUUUGAUCAUAAACUGCAUACGCUUGAAGAACUGCAGGGUCAUACCACUUGUGGAUUAGAUAAAUUAAAGGAGACAGUGCUUGUAGUGAAUAAUUUGAAGGCAGCUCUUUCUGAGAAGAAAGCAUUUCUUGUGGCUAAGGAUAAACAGGCUAAAAUAGUCUUGAAUAAGAUGCUUACUGAACAGAAUGAAGCUGAGAGAAAGCAUGAAUUUUCCAUUGUGACUCAAGAGGAAUUGGCCAAACAAGAAUUGGAAAUUCAAAAGCGGAAGACAGUGGUAAUGGGAGAUUUGGAAAGAGCUGAACCGGCAGUUCUUGAAGCUCAACGAGGAGUUCAAAACAUUAAGAAACAACAUCUUACUGAGAUUAGAAGUAUGUCUAGUCCACCCGAUGCAGUCAAGCUCACGAUGGAAUCAGUAUGUGUAUUAUUGGGAUAUCAAGUAAGUAGUUGGAGAGAUGUUUUAUUGGUGAUUAGACGAGAAGAUUUCAUUCCCAACAUUGUGAAUUUCAAUUGUGAACGUCAUAUGACUGAUCAAUUAAGAGCUCAUAUGAAUAAGACAUAUCUUAAUCGUAAAGAUUAUACUUAUGAAGCCCUGUAUCGUGCCAGUAAAGCUUGUGGACCAUUAUUACAAUGGGUGGUUGCUCAAUUGGCUUAUUCGGAGAUUCUUGUCAAGGUAGGACCCUUACGAGAAGAAGUUGAACAACUAGAAGCUCAAACCAAACAGACUAAAGUGCAAUUGAUAGCCAUUGAACAAAUGAUUCAAGAAUUACAGGCUGGAAUUGAAAAGUAUAAAGAAGAUUAUAGUACGCUUAUUCGAGAACUGGAGAAUAUUAAACAAGAGAUGAGAAUAGUCGAGAAGAAGAUUGAACGAAGUCUUAAGUUGGUGGGAAGUUUAACCGGAGAGAGAGAGAGAUGGAAGAGUAGUAUACAAAAGUUUGUGGAGAUUAGACAUCGACUUGUAGGAGAUUCAGUCUUGGCGGCGGCCUUUGUAGUGUACGCAGGAGUUUAUGAUGAGAAGGGACGUCAACAACUUAUGAAGUUAUGGAAACUUCGAUUGACAGACGCCGGGAUAGUGUAUGAUGAAGGUUUUUCAGCGUGGGCCUUUCUUGGUGAGGAUGUUAGUAUUAAUAAUAUGAAUAGUUUGAGUGUGAGUACUGAUGAAACUCAUCAAGAGAAUAUGCGUAUCUUACAGUCUAGUGGCGUACCUCUCAUCAUAGAUCCCACGAUGAAAUCAUUAGAAUUAGUACGUCUAAGUCAUCCUAAGAUUAUCAUUACUAGUUUCUUAAAUGCCGACUAUUUGAAACAAAUUGAGAAUGGGUUACGAUUCGGAGGUCAAGUAAUAGUUCAGGAUGCCGAAUAUUAUGAUCCUGCUAUCGACAGUAUCUUAAAACAUGAGAUUCAACGGAGUGGUAGUCGAAUGGUUAUACGAUUGAGAGAUCAAUUGAUUGACUAUUCUAAUAAAUUCAAACUUUACUUACAUACGAAGGAUUCACUGAUUAGAGUAUUACCAUUUGUAGCUUCUCGAACCACCAUGGUAAACUUUACCGUUACCAGUGGAUCAUUAGAGAAUGCCGUAUUGAAUCUUACUUUACAAGCCAUUAAACCGGAGAUAGCUCAAAAACGUAUAGACAUUAUGAAACUUCAAGGAGAUUAUCAAAGUAAACUUCAUUCCUUAGAAGAAGAUUUACUUGUGUCAUUGAAUAGUGCUCAAGGGAAUUUAUUGGAUAAUGGAGAUGUAGUGGAUAAAUUAGAAUCUAUUAAAGAAGAGGCUCAUGAAAUCGAUGUUAAACUUAGUGAAGCAGCUAAAGUAGUUCAAUUGGUAGAGACUAGUCGAAUAGAAUAUGCUCAGUUAGGAACCCAUGCGGCGUACUUAUAUGGAUUAGUCGAAAGAUUGGUUCAUUUACAUAAACUUUAUAAGUUUUCUCUUGAAGAUUUCAUGGCCACAUUUGUUAAUCUACUCCAAUCUAAGGGGACUAGUUUUGAACCCAAUCAGUUUAUUGAGGCCGUGUAUAGAGAGGUAUUUGCUGCAGUGUCUGUAUCGUUGAAAGCCAAUGAUAAGAUGGCCUUUGCGUUGGGACUAAUGCUGACAUUCUAUAGGUUGGAUAUUGGUGAAACGUACGAGAAGACUAUAGUGACUAUUGCUCAGAGAGUGAUGGGAGAAGUACAAGAGAAGGUGGUGGAAUUGGAAUUGGAAUUGGAAUUGGAUAAUGCUAUGGAUAAAGUGGAGCCAUUAAUCUCUAGCUUACAGUGUCCUAAUAAGGGUGUAGGGUUUAUUGAAGGUAUAUCUACAUGUGCUACAUCGUUAUUCAGUGGCCAUGGACCUUUCAGUUCUUACUAUGAUUUGAAACAAUGGGUCGGCAACAAUACUAACAAUAAGUAUCCUAUCUUAUUUCUAUCACCAGAAGGUUAUGAUGCUUCGUUCAAAGUUCAGGAUUUGGCAAGUGAGUUGAAUAAGCAGUUGGUCAUUGUAUCGAUGGGAUCCAAAGAGAGUCACGAUUUAGCAGAUGUGGCUAUAACUCAAGCUGCUAAAGAUGGAACAUGGAUAACUAUUCAGAAUGUUCAGAUGUCUGUUGAAUGGCUCAGUCGAUUAGAGAAAAAGUUGGAUAGUAUGGAUAAAUGUCAUGAAGACUUUAUGCUUUUCUUAACUGCCAACUUUAACUCAUCUAUACCGGCAGGAUUAAUAGCCAAAUGUAAGAUCUUAUCGUUUGAGAUUCAACCCAGCUUUAAAUCUGUAUUACUGGAAACAUUCAAUUCAUAUAACAUUGAGAAUGAAAGCAGAGAGUUCUGUCAUAUUUACUUUCUCCUUUGUUGGUUCCAUAGUGUCGUACUGAUACGAUUAAACUAUGUGCCAAUGUCAUUUAAGAAGCAAUAUGAUAUAAAUGAUAGUGACUUCCGAUCAGCACUAAGUGUUCUACAAGAUAUCUCAGUUAAGGAUAUUGCUUGGAAGAAUCUUAGUUAUCUUAUAGGAGAUAUUAUCUAUGGAGGUAAGAUUGAUAUAGAGGAAGAUUGUAAUUAUAUUAGACAAUGUUCACAGUAUUUAUUCCUGGUGGAAUCCACCAAUAAAUCAUUCAAUCUCAUUAGACAUGAGCACAUGAGCCAAACACUACAGAUACCUACUGGUAAUUAUCAACAAUGGAUCGAUAGUUUACCUGAUCAAGCAUCCUUAACAUGGGUGGAUCUUGAAGAAGAAGUUGAUGUUUUAUAUAGAAACAAGCAGGGACAGAAUGUAGCUGCUAAGUACUUGCAACUAGUGAAUAAUUAA